AUGUCUCUUAAAGGCGUCCACUUCACGUUGGCUCUGCUGGUACCGCUUCUAGGAUGCUAUGCAAAAAUGCCAUUGUUUUAUCCUUCGUCGUCGGUGCUCCAGAUAACGUCGGCGUUAUCGGUACCUGUUGUAAUACCGCAGCGCAAAUUAUUUUGGGAUUGGGGUGUUCAGAUGAACUACGAAAUGCCCGCCAAGCCGUCGAGCUUCUAUGCGGCAAACAUUUGGCCAGGUCAAUUUGAGCGCCGGAAUAAACGUCAGUUGAGGAACGAGACAGAAAAAUAUCUGCCAGCGGGGUUAACGGAUAUGCAUCCCAAUGACCUGACCGCGGGUGAGCUCUAUGAGAGUAUUGAAAAUAUGCUGACUCGGUAUGGCAUGGAUGAGUCCUGUCUGCUGCGAACUGUGUGCGAAUUGGCCCGACAUCCUUUCGAUGAUGGACACCAGAACAUGUUAACGGCACUGUUGACCUUUACACUAACGCCAUCCCUGCACGACGCUUUUGCUCCCAGUGAGACUGUCUACCGUGAAAUCUAUGAGGAUGCUGAACGACAGGGAUUUAUAGGCGCGAAUUGUGGUCAGCUCUAUACUGAGUGCUCUGUCGACAUUCUCGGUGGUAUUAGCAAACUAAUCAGCUAAAUUAAAGUGUUACAAGACCUUAAAACUAAAUUUAAACUAUCUCCA